AUGACCAAAGCUGCCUCGCCUGAAAAGUCAGAGGAACCUUUGUCACGACACGGCGCGUUUGAGUACCUGGUGGAUGAUGGUAGCACGGUAGAUCUUACUCAGCCAGGUCUCCUGUCGCGACGCCAACUUAUCAGUAUCUUCCGGAAACGCGGCUUCACCCCACUGGUAUGCACUUAAUUUUAUGUACUACUGCUACUACCGACCACCUUGACUUGAGUUUCCGAAUAGAUUGACUAUUUAUCCCUAAAUACUUUGAUUGAACCCAAAAAGGCAAAUAUGUAGUAGUUGCUGCGCACGCCUCUUGUGCCAAUGUUAAUGAGGAAAAGUUAUGCGCAGAAUAUCAGACUUCCAUACCGCUGUCUCCAUUUUGUUUCCUUUUAAACCAACGGAUGCGGAUCGGGUUUUUGGCUGAAUAUCGACCUACAGAAUAUCAUAAAAGUGAGGUGGGUAGGACGUACUUUCUGCUGCAUUGACCCUCCUCGUCGACGAAUGGAAACCUAUCCAGACAUGAUAUCGACUGUUGUGUAAUUCUUCGUUCCUCCUCGCCCGCCUGGUCGUCUAAUCUUGUCAGUUUCCAUUGAAAGUAUCCCCGCGUUAAAAUAUUUACUGACUUCCUUUAUAUGCCACUGCAAUUUCGCUACCAAUUGCCGCACGGAUUUAAUGUCAGUACCCUCCAGUGGUGUGAAGCAGAUAAGCAGUUGCGCGACCAGUGACCGAGUCUCUAGACUGUGACUACCGCAGGCACACUGAGUAAAAUGUGCUUUUUCUCGUCUUACCAAGGCCAAUCCUUGUCCGUAGUAUAAAGUAACCCCCUCUCACAGGCAAUUAAUCCAACUGACGGAACUGUAGCAACAAUCCUUGUGGUCCCUUGCUUCAAGCAAACUGAGGUUCAUUGAAACGUAGGAUUAUUUGGAACACUAGGUUAGAUGUCCUCAACAAAACUCCUCUUCGAAUGCUGCAGUUGCCACCACAUGGCCCAAUUCUUCACCUUAAGCUUUUUAAUUUUAACAAGGAUAGGUUAUAUGACCGGGGUCAACAAAAGGUCACCGGUGAAACGUGUCUUACGGGGAUGGUGGUAAUAGCGAUUAUACGAACAACACCUACUUAAACAAACAUAGUGGUCAGUUUUGUUUAGCAAGCCUGCCCUGGUCAUAUGUCAUAUCUUGGAGUAACCGAUUGCCUUUGACUUAAAUGUUCAUUUAAACUUCGGAUUUGACCCUAAAAAGAGUUAUGCUCCGAAGAAAUAACUCCAAGUCCUGCACUGAGUAAUUUCUGAAAUUAUUCACUUGAUUAUUCUCUGGAGUUCAUAUACCAGAAACCGCUAGAGAACGCUGGGGGUCCCACUGAAGAGCCGAACCCCUCGCAGCUGUGUCACGCAGCGGCAAAAUAUCGGCGAAACACGUGUCUGGGCUUUUAGCAAGUAUCUAUAUCUGGAGUACGGUAUAAUACAUUUACCAUAUGUAAUUCAUACUAGUCGUAGUACUACUUGUUUGUAGAAUGGGCAUUACGUGGUUAUUCCACAGUAGUUGGUUGUCUUCGACUCGAAUGUUCAUUGAAAUUUCGGUUCUGACCCUAAAAAGUCGUGUCCAGGAGAUUUAACUCCAAGUCCUACACUGAGUAAUUUCUGAAAUUAUUCACUUGAUAUGUCAUAUCAUUACCCUAAUCUCCUUUAGAAUUCAAUAUGCGAACCCAGGGUAAACUCUUCAGCACAGACCCUGUCAAGUUUGGUUUGAGAGUUGAUAUGAAUAUUGAAGCUGAAAACAGUCAGUUCCACGAGGACAUCUUCACAACUGCCGACAGGCGGUCACUAGUAUAUAAAUCCUGUUUUAUUUACCAUACUCCCGACAUGGUUAUUAGCGAAGUCAACGAAAUACAUGUCUGGGCAUCUAGUUAUUGCCCGUGUCGAGAGUAUGAUCAAUCAGCCUACCAUUUUCGUCAUCGUGUUUCGACUGCACUUACGACAGUUCGACAACCGUCGUUGCUCACGAUGUCUACCGGGUCCUCCACAGUAAGGUGGGAGCAGGCACGAUGACUUGUGCGUGAAGUUUAUAGUAGUAGUAGGUUUGCACAACAUCCAUCUACCUCGUCUGGGCACGAUGUCAAGAAUGCCGAAGACUGGAGAGGGCGCAGGUGGCUGGCACGGCCGGAUCUGCACCUAGGCCUAUCGCUGCACCCUCCGGUUCACAACAAACACUUGACCAGGAUUUUAACCAACAACAGAAUAAGACGGGUAAGAAAGAAGAGGAUGACUUGUUUACCCGGUGGAGGAGGGCACAUGUGACUGGCACGACUGGACCCGCACCUAGGCGUACCACUCUACGCCCCCUGCUCCACAGCAAACACUUGAUCAGGAUUUUAACCAACAAUAACAGCACCACUACGGGCAGCCAUGCACACGACCUGUCUACCCAGCGGGGGGCGCAAGCGCAUCUGUCGGCAGGGAAACAGGUGUCAGGGAACCGAUGGGCCAUGGUUUUUCUGAAUCAUGGCAUAGCUGACGCACACAAUCCUUAGAGCCCAGGAAGGUGAGGUGCAGCCCUGAAUCUAGCGGGGUUCUCAUCCUUCAAAGACCGGUCAACCAGUCAGUCACCGACUGAGAGACACUACCCAUGGGCAACUGCACUUCCUCUGAUCAGUAGCCAAGUAAAUUUUUAUCUCAUCCUCCUGGCUGCACAUUUUCCCGACUGAAAGAAUUUUCCCUCUCUGAAAAAAUGCAAUAUUUGUGUCCUUAUCGUGGCUAGGAAAUGACUUGUAGACAAGCUGUGUCACUGCUACUUCAUUGACAUUGGAAUUGGCGCAUGUUGGUCUAUUAGGUGUGUCUCUGACGUUAGAGACUGGGGACUGACAACCACCUACCAGGCCUUCAAGCUGCUUGCACUUUGGUCCAGCUGGGAUCAUACCUAGUCAAACCAGCCUCCGUAAUGUCGCUCCGAUCUGCUGGAGUAGACAUAUGAAGAGCUUGACUCAACCUCUCCUCCAACGACGUGGACCGAAUACCGGGGGUCCAUGUCCUGACGAACUCUUUCGAGCCAAAUAUUGCGUUGACCUCCCCGUCCACGCCCCCAGGUGGGCACCGAUGCUGGAUGGAGGGAUGUAAUAGCCGCUUCUGGUUUAUUGGCCGUCGUCAGCCAGCCAUACUCAACCCCGAGGCAUGCAACCCCUUGGCGCCCAAUCGCGCGACCUGCCUGUUUGAAGUCAAACGCCCUAACCACUGAGCCAUGGGCUCGUUGUUCUGUCGGCUGCGAUCAGGAGUAUACAAUGAUAGAGGGACGCCCACCGAUCGCGCUACGGAAUUCAUCCGCCCCGUUGUACCUUGGGGUCCCCCCUCUCUCUCUCUCGAGCCCCGCAAACAGUCACAUAGCGGCGCGUAGUGUAGGCAGGAUAGUAAAAUAUGGAAUGGUAUUACAAACAAAGACAAGGGAGACUUGAAGAAGAAGACACGAUCGCCGGGACAAGAGCUUUAUUAGCCUGACGUUUCGGAUCGAAUCAAUCAUCAGAGACAAAAGCAGAACCCUUAUCUGCUUUUGUCUCUGAUGAUGGAUUCGAGCAGGAAUCCGAAACGUCAGGCUAAUAAAGCUCUUGUCUCGGCGAUCGUGUCUUCUUCUUCAAGACUGCUUCCUGGGACUCGUCUCUUCGCUCCUAUUGACAAGGGAGACUGGAAUCGCCAUUUCUGGCUUAUUAGCCGUCGUCAGCCAGUCAUACCCAACCCCGUAAGUGUGGAACACCUGGGGCUCGACCUCGCAACCUGUUGGUUAGAAUUCCAACGUCUAAGCUCUGAGGGGGGUGCGGAUACAUGGAGGCUGGGCCAAAAUUUUCCGUUCCAAAUGUAUCAUGGGCUGAAAUGCAUCUGUCCACUAGGUUUGUCCCUGAGGCAUUACUGCGCAUAAUAUAGACGGCAGAAAAUAGCAUACCCGACAAGGACAAGGAAGACUGGGGUGGCCAUUUCUGGCACUAACGCGCCGCUGUGCGGCUCCUGGCUGGGCUCGAGAGAUUCCCAAGACACGACGGAACCAGUGAGUUCGGCAGCGCGAUCGGUGAACAUCCCACUACCACUUAGCCCAUGGGCAGACAAAUAACGUGCCCAAACCACGUCAGUAGCCUUGCCUGGGUGUCCUGAGACAAUGUCGCGAUGUUGUUACAGCAAGUAUGGACUGUCUUAUUCAAGACAAAAUCAGUGUACAUCACCCAAAGAAUAGUUAACAGGCAGCGGUAGUCAGACAGGUCCACUUUCAGUCCAUCUUCCACCUGCACACCCCGGCAUUCGUAACCAGAUGCCGGUACAAGCAGAGUUUUAUGACGAUGGAAAUGCUGUGACGGGUUGCUGGAGACUAAGGAUUGUGAAGACCCCACAAACAGCACCGAUUCAGGAGUCGAUGUCGACUCUACUCUUUCCAUUCGGAAGCAGUCUCGUCCCGAGGCAUUGAAAACGGCCUACUUCGGGUUGACGACCAUUCAUUCCUCGGGUUGCCUUUUGGUUGUCAGAGAUGCAAUUUGAAAUAAGCGUUUUUUGGGUAAAUCGACCGAUUUAGCGACCUCCUUCACCCCUGACACCACAGUACGUGGUUUGAUGCCAGCCGGGACAAUAUCGUCGGCCAUGAUCAUGAUCAGUCAGCCGGCCCCGGAGCGCAAAUACGACGUCGUAAAAUUGUGUUAGGUCCGUCCGCGAACCCCGUCAAUGGCGCAGUUGGGCAGAACGGACGACAGGACACGACCUUGUUGGGCGUUAAACCGAAUAUCGAAUUACUGGGAAAGAUUGUUGUGGGUCAGAAUUCGCGCAGUGGCGAGGCGACAAUGGGUCCCGCUCAUGGUGUUGCUUUUUGCCAACAUACUGCCUAAUUCCGUUAUCUGCCGCAGGAACUCUGUGAACGCUGCGACUAAGUCAACAUAGCAGAAAGCCCUGGGCUGCUGGUAACCGUGGCGGAAUCUAAGGCUGUGCCGCGGUGUGAAUAUCCGGUCGAUGAAUCCACACUCAGUUUGGAACUCGGUUUGGUUGGGUCCCAUCCACGAGUUACGUACAGCCAAUAACAAAGACCUUUGUAGCAACGUCGAUGAGGCCCGUACUCAGCGACUGACCGGCAAAAGCGUGGAAGACGGAGACAGAAACGGUCACAGGCCCAUUCGACUGGUCCUGCCCCCGGAGUGUUGUUUUUGGGGGUAAGGUUGUGCAUGGUGGCCUGUCUAACUCUGUCAGCUACUUGCGGCCCGGCUCGGCCAGUAGACAGUCGCUUAGGAUGGGCAAGAGUGUGUGUGGUCGACUCCGGGGACUGCGUCCGCAUGGCACUCGGCACAUAUUCCUCAAUUUGACGCGCCUUUAAACUAUCGCGGUGCGCUAAAAACUCUGGCUUGGAAGGCUACCAAGUGACGGGGAUAACUCGGUCCUCGCAACCUGGUAUGGGUCGGCAGUUCUAUGACAUCUGGUCCCCUGCCGGUAGAUGUGCUUGCGCACCCGCUGAGUACACAGGUCGUGAGAAUGAUUGCCCAGUCAUCUCCUUCCUCCUUCUGACCCAUCGUGGUGUUGUUGUGGAGUGCCAAGGUGCGGGCUCGGCCGCGCCAUCGGCCCCCCCCUCCGGUCUUUUUGACUCUGUCUUGACACCGGGCCCAGGUGACAGAGGAGAGAGUGAGAGAGAUGCUGCGCAAGUCUACACUCACUAUAAACUAAUUCAUGCGCAAGUCACCGUGCCUGCUGCUGUGGAGCACACGGUGGACAUCGUCAGAUGCGGCGGUCGAACUGUCAUGCUAUCAUUAUAAACCAACUCACUCACAAGUCGCCGUUCCCCAUGGUCUGGCACACACACAGUGGACACCGUCGUUCACGACGAUCUGAGAAAAAAGUGUGCUUUGAACCUCGACUAGUUUAACCUAACGCCUUCUCAUCUGUGCCAAUCAGGUUCACACUGCCUGUUAUGGUCGUCACUCCCACGUGGCAAUGCGCAUGACUCCGCGUGUGGAAUGAAACUGGUGAGUCAGCAUGCGCAUGCCAGCGGGAUGCUGGUCUUGGUGGCCGAAAGCAUUAAAGGACUGCUGUCCCACUCCGGCGUCGACCUCGGUUUUUUAAAGCCAUCUGCCGGCCCCGUCUCAUUUUUGCCCCAACGCACUGACUGCACGUCGAGGACGCCGUGGCUACUCCUGCGGGGCUGACGAGUCAUCACACGUCCUCGUCAACGCGCCUUCUAAGUCGCCGUGUGUGCGCGCGCGUGACAACGCAGAAAUGCUGCGAUUGAUUGGCUAACGCCGUCUGCGUGUACGUGGCGUGUCCGGAUGCGAAAACCCACUCGGGGCUGGCCCUUCUUCCGUGGGCAAUGCUGGCAGGCAGCCGACUGGCGAUUAUUCCGCUCGUCGCUGUCGGUGGGUGGGUUGCGGCUGACUUUAAACUGGUCCAUAGCACCUGCGUAUAGCUGAGGGUAAUCUGGCGUGCUCGCAGGUGAAUGAUGGCAUAACGACCAGUAGAAGCGAAGAAACGAGUCCCAGGAAGCAGUCGUGAAGGAGGAGACACGAUCGCUGGGAAGGGAGCCUUAUUCGCCUGACGUUUCGGAUUCCUGCUCGAAUCCAUCAUCAGAGACAAAAGCAGAUAAGGGUGGCUCCUGCACAAGGGGCUGCAGUAUUUAUGGGAUGCAGUCGCCAUGCUACCGCAUAUCUAUGAAUAUUCACGGCUCCCCCCUUCAUCAGAGAUCAUUGCACUUGGUGUGAUGACUGUUUGAUGGCCGACAUUCGCGUCGUUAAUUGCUGCAAUUUCAUCACGUGCGUUGGAUGUUGGUGUGAUGAUUGCUCGACCAUCUGACCCACUGACCCUGGCGUUAGGAGCAGUGUUCACCUGUGCGCUCCCCGCGUGGCUAACUACCUCGCCCAGAAGAAGUCUCAGCACCGAGUAUGGCAGGGGAAGGUUGUUGCACUUGUUAAUGGACUGGGGGGCAGUGAACCAGGACUCGAGCAGCUCGCGGCUCACGCGGUUGUCACCUCUUUCGGGAAUUUCGGCCUCGUCAAAUUUAAAUGUGUGACUGGAUCUCGUCAAAUGAGCCGAAACUUGAGAAAUGGCGUCAUUUCUACAUACCGCUGCAGCGUGUUUGGCCAUUCGCGUUCGGAGAUGUCUUCUGGUUUCUCCGACGCAGUUGCUUUGUCCGCAACUACAUCAGAUCCGAUAAACUACUCUAGACGUUUCUAGCCGUGGCGGCGGGUCUUUCGGUUUCAUUACCUGACGCCGGAUGGUUGCUUCCGGUCUGUGUGCAGCUCCAACCCCAAGUGGUGCGAGAAGGCGGCCAACAGCUUCCGAAACGUUCUUGACAUACGCAAGCGCUCGCCAAACUUUGGCGUCCGUGCGGUUAGGCCUUUCGUCCCUUUUGCGCAUGUACCGGCUGACGAAGUUGCGCCGGUAGCCACUGGCUUCGAGGACCCGUCGGAGGUAUUGUAGUUCGGUAAUCAUGUCGUCCGGUUUACUGCAGUGCGUUUCGUCACGCCGAUAGAGCGUCCUUACACAACUGCCUUUGUGACUGAUUGGGUGAUUGCUGUUGAAGUUUAGUACUUGCAUCGUAUUUUUCGCUCUCCUGAACAUUUGGGUCUUUAGGCCAAUUAGAAAUUAACGACGCGAAUGUCGGUCAUUAAACGGUCAUCACACCAAGUCCAACGAUCGCUGGUGAAGGGGGGAGCCGUGAAUAUUCAUAGGUAUGCGGUAGCAUGGCGACUGCACUCUAUAAAUACUGCAGUCCCUUGUGCAUGAGCCACCCCUAUCUGCUUUUGUCUCUGAUGAUGCGUUCGAGCAGGAAUCCGAAACGUCAAGUGAAUAAACCUCUUGUCCCAGCGAUCGUGUCUCCUUCACGGCAUAACGACCGUCAGCGAAGGUCUGACGAGUGCGCAGGUGUGGUUAGACAGGGGUAUCGUGACAAACAGUAGUGGUAUUAGGAAUGUCCGUGUGUUGCUCGCCACAACUAAGUACGGUCCCUCACCCAACACCGUCUGGCACUAUCUGGGGACCGGACAGUGGUGCGUUGGAGGACCUUGUAGGGAUGUCCACCUUCAGAUCUAGGUGCUGCAUGAGAACAUUCCGCCGCACAGUCAUCAUGCGCAACCGAAAAGCGGUGACUAAACCGACUUGUAGGAUGACCGAAUGGCUAUCCUUUCAUGCUCUGGUCGGCCAUGCGGAAGGUGGUGCAGCACGUCGGGGGGGGGGGGGUCACUGCGACGACAGUCCUGCAGGUGCGGAUGAAUGACCCCCCGUCUGCAACCUUUGCGUCCAAGCAAACUGUUGACUGGUGUUGUUGGACCGCAAUAUGCCCCUCUCGCAGGCAUUCGCUCCAGGCGAGGCUAAAACGGAAAAUAACAAUCUGAAGUUUCGGUCUAGGGUUAGUUUUGGGGUUUGAGUUAGUGCCAGGCUUAGAAGUGACUUCAGAGUUAGAGCCUGUGUUAAGUUUAGGGGUUCGAGUUAGGUUUAGGGUUAGGGUUUGGAUUACAGUUUGGGUUUACGUUUAAUGUUAAGGUUCGUUCUAGGGUUAGUGUUAGGGUUCCAGUUACGGUUAAGGCUCGAGUCAGUGUUACGGUUAAGAUUAGGCCGGGGGGUUUGUGUUAGGUUUAGUGUUGCGUUUGAGUUAGGUUUAUAAUUACGUUAAGGUUUACUUUUGAGGCUACGGUUAGGAUUAACGCGUGAGGUUUGGGCUAUUGCUGUCCCGCGUGUCCUGCCAGGUUUUUUUGCUGGGAUUCUAGGCCUCGUUCAUUCUCGCGGCAGAAUCAGGUGGCUCUCUUCCGUUUUAUCUUCGGUUACUUCCCCACUAAACGAUUUCGGCAUUCCUCUUCCACCCACCAUCCUUUCAAUGCUCCCACUGCGCCUACACUUGGGAUCCGGACAGCGUAACCGAUCGUUACCGGAAAAAAAUUACUUAGGUGAGCCUGUAAUAUUGGUUAGCACGCAGUACACCCCCAAGAUAUUUCGGUCAAGCCAGGAUGUCGGCCGUUUUUCCGGCCGUAGGCAGAAACUACACUGGGUAAAAAGCAAGUACCUAUGGUGGUAUGUCUUUGUUCCAUUGAUUUUCGUUGUCAUUACCAAUCAAAACGUGUGUUAUGGGAAAUGUGCUUAAAAUACCCUGAUGCUCAUUCAGUAGCAAAUCGCGUCUUGCUAAAAUUGUCCACCUGGACAAAUUUUUCCCUCCAGUUUUAAGAGGUCUCUCAAUCGGGAAAUCGUUUUGAAUCCAACCUAGCGUCUAACGUUUUUAAAGGACACGCUGUACACUCUUCAUUUAAGGAAAACUGUAUAUUCCUCUAUUCCAUUAAGAUGUUGUUCAGUGCUCCUAACAUUUUGCAAUGGAUGAGCCAUGCUGUAUGCUUUAUAAGGAGCAUGGACAAACGGAUAGAUAGAAGGAUAUUUGGAUAGACGUCUCAUGGCCUUAAAAACUCACAUAUACUAGGCUGUCCGUUUCACCAGAAUAAUUCUGAUGGGCUGUUUCCAGUUUCCUCUCUGUUUCUGAAUGCUUUGCCUCCCGUCGAGUGCUCUAGUGGUCGGAAAAGAUAGGAAUCCGUGGGUGCUGGGUCAGGUGGGUAUGGAGGGAUGUGUGAAAAACCUGCCAUCCUAACGAUCUUAUCUUUCCCCGGAUUUGUUUUAUGCUUCGUGAUUCUGCAUUGUCAUACCACCUUCCCUGUUUACCAGAGCAGGACACUACAGACGUAUUUUUUUCUUGUACAUGAUCCGUUUGUUUGCAACAGACAUCUGCACUGAUAGUCCCUCCACGUUCCAUUAGCUUACGAUAGCUUUCCUAUCCAAACAAGCACGGAGUAAGGAUUUUUGUGGAUGGAAUUCUGGUUUCGGAGUUGGCGAUAGUUUCUCAUUACGCGAUGACCCUUGUCUUUUCUCACUUUCUGAUGUGAUGCAGGAAUGGCAGGUUGUUAUUUUUGGUUAGAAGACUACUGCUGAUGGUGGUACGUUCUGUUCGAAGCUCACGUUUAACCUCAUCUGAAAUCCGAAUUCCCUCUCUGCAUGUUCUUUUUCAAUUCGUUUGAGAUGUUCGUGGACAGUUGGGUACGAAAUGAGAAAUGCGGUGAUACUGUCAUAUGAAACACCAUGUAAAAGCACAAUUACUUUCCGAACACCCUAAUGCAAAUCUUUUUGAAACCCAAAGUUACCCCUUUUUCGAGCGUAAAAUCGGUAGGCGUAAUUUAUUAUAAAAUGUGCAUAAGAUAGGGCAUUUUUUGUCCAGGUUUGGGUUUGUAAAGACGUCGAAAGUCAAUGGAAGCGACCAUAACACUAUAUGUAGUUUUUUUUAACGAGUGCGAUUGUUACAGACAACUAGAAAGAAACACAUUCAAAGGCCGGCAUCACAGCUUGGCCGAAAUAUCUUUGAAUUAUACCAUGCGCCAAUGAAUGUUACAAUCCCACCUAAGUAAUUAUUUCUAGCCAAGAUCAUAUUUCAAAGGUUCGGUUAGCGUUUCGUGAGUUACGUUACCCGCUGCACCUGGCUGCCGAUUUAUUUAGAAAAGCACAAUAUCCCAAAAACGUCAGAAAUGGCUCUAACUUAGUAAACUUCGUUUUUAGAUGUAUAGAAUGUAUUUUCAUGCCAAAACGUGGUAAAUAUGAAACUAGGAAUAAAAUGACGUCUAAUAAUAGUGUUUCAGUGAAGUUUACAUCUAAAUAUCGUCUAAUAAUUAGUGUGAUUUCAUAUAUGACGGUUUGUCAACUGCCUACAUUCUGAGUGUAGAUUCCAAAACAGUUUUCCGGGGUUUCUUGUUAUCCUUAGCUCAUCUAAGUUAAAUGAAAUGGGGUUCAACGAGAGAAAUUGGAUUUUGCUUGAUUUCACCGGCGGGGACAUCGUAGGAACAGAAGUUUUCAUAAGGUGACAUGCCAUGAGGCCAGUCGGUGCCUAAUAAAUUUAAAUAGAAUUGACAGGCGUGAUCGUAAACAUACCACUUUUUGUUUACAGAGAGAACUUUUCUUCCGUUAAAUGAAUUUGCACUUUUCGUUCGUUUUGGAUUACGUUGAGUUUCAGAUCGGCCUCGAAAUGUUGCUGAAUACUUCAUGAUUUUCAGUGUCUCCACCCGAUCGUCCAUAAAGACAGAUUUCGAAUCCCCUGUCUGUUAAGAACUGUAAAAUAAACUUGUUCUUGAAGGCAUUUAUCGAAGUAGUGAGUGCUAAGGCACUCCUUUUCACGAAGAUGGUCGUUUGGGUCACAUGUGAAGACUCAUUCAAACAUGGAACUUGACCGAAAUAUCUUUGGAUUAUGGUGUGCGCCAAUGAGUGUUACAAUCCCACCUAGGUAAUUAUUCCUAGCCGAGAUCAUAUUUCAGAGGUUCGGUUAGCGUUUCGUGAGUGACGUUACCUGCUGCACCUGGCUGUGAGGGGGACAUUUUGCGGCCCAAUAACCAACGAUUUGCGUGGACGCAGAUUGCAAACGGGGGGGGGGUCAUUCGUCUGCAGCUACUGGAGUAUCAUCGCAGUUUCACCUCUCACAACCCUGGAGUAUGAUGCAUCGGCUGAACCUGGUGACAGGGGGAGGGGAGCUGUUGUAGUGGCCUCUAAUUUCCGUAGUGCAAUUAUGACCGAAUUUGCGCAAACGCUAAUUGACCAUGUCAGACCCCUUGGUUGAGUUGUCCCCGCCGCAGCGGGGGGGGGGCGGCGGGAGGGACAGGCAACGACUCCAUUGUGGCGUGACGUUUCGCUCUCCCUCCCCCCCCAAAAAAAAAUAAAUGAUCCAUCUGUAUCAUAAUUCACACGUUUUUUGCAACACCAGGAACCUUCUCUAUGUUUCUGGUCUACUUGGUGUAAGCGCACAGAUGAGAAAAUGGAAAGAAACGGGCCCCAUCACUGAAUCCUGCUCUUCAUUCGUCCAACCUUUCCGAUUCAUACUUUGACCCCUCAUCAGAGGUGGGAUUCAGCACUUGCAAGUGCUAUUUGCUACACCGCCUCACACUGUUAGUAGUUGUCGUAAUUGUAGCGAUGAUGACCUCCCUGAGCAUGUCCGAGGCGUUGAGGCACCAUCGUCGAUGUCGGUAAUUGAUGCGACGACGGCUUGACGAUCUUAUUCCACACUGCCAUCUCUCCCCCUCCCCUCCCUGAGUAGUGUUUAUCGACCGCGCGCCUUUCAUGAUGUUAAUUGCCCUGCCUACACAGUUUUAACGCUGCGCAUAUGGGAGGAAGACCGAUUGACCGGGCAAUUGACUCUCGGCCAGAAAAUCAACCGUCCACAACUCACGCGGUUGUCGCCUCACCAGACUUAAAUGAGUGACCUGGUCACGUUCGGGUGAACCGUGACCUUUCUGUGUCGACCUCAUCCCACCUUACUGGCUUUGCCUGUGCGCGUUAAUACAGCCGCCGCCAUGGGCAGCAGAGGCGGUUGGGUAGGGGACUGCGCCGUCAGUUGCACGCAUCAGCGUCUUCGAUUCCAGCGAGGCUGUCGACUGUCAGGCCACCCAACUCUUGUCGUGUCUGUCAGGAGGGAGGGACGGCGUGCGCCCAUGUGGUACGGUACAGGAGCGUUCCAUUUGGCCUUGGAGCUGUGGUUUCAGUAGCCUCUGUUGGCGAUAAGUAAGCGAAUCUAAAAUGAUGAUAGUUCAACCGUCGCAUCCGACGACGCCCACCGUGUGCUUCACAACAAGAUGAAACAGUCAUGGUGACUUGCGCAGCAUCCACCGCACUCUCUCCUCUCCUCAAGACAGAGUCAAGAAGACCGGAGGUGGGGAGGGCGCAGGUGGAUGACGCGGCCGGACUAGCACCUUGGCGCUGCACUCCACAUCCCCUAGUCCACACAGCAAACAUUUGACCAGGAUUUUGACCACCACCAACAACAACAGAAAGGAUGUGGACGACUGGGCAGCCAUGCACACGACCUGUAUACCCAGCGGGAGCGCAAGCACAUCUACCGCCACACGCGGACUUAACAAGGACACUCAUUUCGCAGGUCACUUGCAGGGAGCGUCUUUUGACUCGCCUUAUAAGCUUACUAUAAUUUGGCCAAAUUCGGAACAGUUUGUCUGGAUUGUCUCAAAAAUAUACAGAUCUUGUUGGCAGCAUGAUUUGAACCCGCGUUCAGUUGGUCAUUGGGCCAGAUCGCAGUUGGUAGCCAGGCCCCGUAUUAUAGGUGGCUGGGGGGUUUGUUUACUGGGGCUAUUUAGUUGGGCUGCAUAAUUACAUCUGACCCAUUUGGCUUCCGUUUUACGUUUGAGGUUAGGAUUAGGGUAUCGGUUAGUGGUUUCCGGGUUAAGGUUAAGAUUUGAGUGUACGAUUAGGGUUCAGUAUUUCGGCUAGGUUAUUCAGUUACGGCUAUGUCUAAGGACUACGGUUACUUUUGCGAUUCCGGUUAGAGUUAGGGUUAACGGUUAACGUUUAAGGGUGAGGUUAGGGUUAAGGUUAGGAUUAGGGUUUAGGUCGUCGUCCGCUCACCUAUUCCUGGCUACCAGCCGCGAUCUAGCCGGUCAUUGGACUUAACACAAUCAAAGACAUCAACUGGGCUAUAAAUGACCAUGUCAGUAUCAUUUGCUUUUGUUUGUAACGUAUUUUAAUUAAUUAAAUUGACAUACCUGCUCAAUCGGCAAUUCCUCUUUAGAACACUUGAUUAAGCGCUACUGGUCUUUCUAAAAAACGGCAAGACGGCGUGAAAGGAAGUUGCCUAUCUUUUAGGGAAGCUGUUUGAUGGUAGUUAUAUCAGAAUAUAGGCGUGUCGCAUAAAGCAGGUUCUACUGUCUACCAGGAGCGCUCAUGUUUGUCGUGUUAAUCGGUUGUGAGUUGCUUGGUUGAGAUGGUUUUUGAGGGGCACCCCUCUUGCACGGGGACUCGCUGAUGAGCCCAGCUUAGCGGCACAAGACCGACGAAACACGCCUGUCUGGGCGUUUAGCUAGCACCUGCGCUACCAGUUCAGUAAAUCAUUCGGUAUCUGUAUACCACUGACCGUCUGCUGGGAGCUUGUGAAUGCUACGCGGUUAUUCCGCAGUAGAUUACGGACUUCAGUCCAAAUACUCAUACCAACUCUCAGACCGAGCCUAAAAAGUCUCAUCCCGAAGCAUUUAACUCCAUGUUUGUGUGUUAAUUUCCGAGGAGAUUAAAAAAGGCAGCAAAGUCAGUUGAAUUCAUGUCCCAUUCUUUGUAUUUCUGACUGCAUCUAUACCAUUACCAAGUCGGUCGCAGUCUGCAGGUUGCCACUAGCAGCAAACUAUAUGCUGGUUUAUGAUUGUGAAGACUAGUUGCUAGGUUUCCUCGAUAGUCUACUGCGAGUGUCCACUCAAGCAUCCCUCUUUCUUCCCGGCAACUUUUCUUCCGCCAGAUUAAAAACCUUCCCGACAAAAAUGCCCUUCUGUCCGCGUACUUCAAGCACCUUCUACCUCUGCCCGCGCGACCUCCGGAUGAUGGUGGGACGGUUACAAUUCUAAGUGAUCAACCGACCCUAGGCGUGACGCUUACUGCUAUUCAGGAGACACAGAAGCGCCCAUCGGCGUCUAAUGGUUCCCUCCGGCUCCAGCCGACCUACAAACGCCGGGCCCCAUCGCCUAGUCUGGACAGUCUAGUUAUCAUUAACAAUCCCAAGUGGCCAACCAGUGGUCAGUCCCCAUCCGCACCGGCCACCAACAAUAGUGUCCUCGAGGGACAAGGCUGCACAGAGGCUGAUGAGACUAAACGCAGCGUCCCCACCACCACCACCACUAACACCCCGAGUCCACCUACCUCAACGUUACCCCUAAAGAGGCCAAAGUUAAAUCGAAAUUUUUCUAACCUAAAAAGGUGA